CUUCGGUAUCAUUCCUAUUCGUCCAUCCCAGUUGCUUCUUUCGUUCGUUCUUCUGCGUCGUUGUUCGCGUUUCUUCGGUAGCCCUGGCUCCGCCGACGUCGGAAUCUCGUCUCUUCCAGGUUUCUGAGACCAGCAUUAUAUCAUAGUAUUGAGGCGAUCACGAUGACCCCUGUCUAUCCCUUAAGAGGAUUUUGAGCAGAAGAUAGGGUUUUAAGGGGAUGCGAUUUCGGCUCUUGAGGACCACGAAUCAAGGGGUCUCCAUCAUUUCAAACCAAUUCUUGAAUCUAAACUCCAUGCACAUCUUGGGCAUCAAAAUCUUAUCUAAUGAAGAUGCGACCAUCACUUAUCAGACCAUGCUGACAUGAUAUAUUCAGCUCACAUCUCUAGCAGCCUUCACCUGGAAUUGUCCCUGACGAUUCAAUGGCUCGGAAGCAACAUAUUGCAAUAUUUACAACUGCAAGCCUUCCAUGGAUGACUGGAACUGCUGUCAACCCUUUGUUUCGUGCUGCUUAUCUUGCAAAGGACGGUGACAGAGAGGUUACUUUAGUGAUUCCUUGGCUGUCCGUGAGUGAUCAAGAAUUAGUUUAUCCCAAUGGAAUCACAUUUAGCUUGCCAUCUGAACAUGAAGCUUAUGUGCGCAAGUGGCUUGAAGAGAGGACUGCUAUUUCAUCAGCAUUUAAAAUAAGCUUCUACCCUGGAAAGUUUUCCAAAGAGAAAAGGAGCAUUCUACCUGUUGGUGAUAUUACCGAAGCAAUUCCCGAUAAGGUGGCAGACAUUGCUGUCCUUGAGGAGCCUGAGCAUCUUACAUGGUACCAUCAUGGACGAAGAUGGAAAACUAAAUUCCAGAGAGUGAUUGGUGUUGUUCACACCAAUUAUUUGGAAUAUGUGAAGAGAGAGAAAAACGGGCAUAUACAGGCCUUUCUUUUGAAAUACAUCAAUAACUGGGUUAUCAGUAUCUACUGCCACAAAGUUAUAAGAUUGUCAGCUGCCACUCAAGAACUCCCAAGAUCCAUCAUCUGCAAUGUUCAUGGUGUCAACCCCAAAUUUCUUGAGGUUGGCAAGUUGAAGCAUGGACAGCAACAGAGAGGGGAACUAGCAUUCACCAAGGGUGUGUACUUUAUUGGGAAGAUGUUAUGGAGUAAGGGCUACAGGGAAUUACUGCAACUACUCUCAAAGCACCAAAAUGAACUAGCUGGUCUUCAAGUGGAAUUAUAUGGAAACGGAGAAGACUUUGAUCAAGUCCAACAAUCUGCUAGAAAAUUGAAAUUGGAUGUAAGAGUUCACCAUGGUCAUGAUCAUGUGGAUCCUUUGUUUCAUGAGUACAAGGUGUUUAUAAAUCCAAGCACUACAGAUGUAGUUUGCACAACAACUGCAGAAGCUAUUGCGAUGGGAAAAAUUGUCAUCUGUGCCAACCAUCCUUCAAAUGACUUCUUCAAGCAAUUUCCUAACUGCCACAUGUAUAAUACCAGUGAGGAAUUUGUGAAAUUAACUCUUCAAGCUCUGGCUGAAGAACCUGUGCUGCUUACUGAUGAACUGAGGCAUGAGCUGUCAUGGGAGGCAGCCACACACAGAUUUCUGAGGGCUGCCGAUCUAAAUGAGGUUGCUUCUGAGAGAGCACUUCCUUCCUCUUCUGGGCCUUUCAUGUUGAUCUCUUCUCAUGAGCUUAGCCGGAGCAUAGAAGAAGCAUCUGCAAUGUUGCAUAAUACCAUUUCUGGUACCGAGGCUGCACGUUGUGCCUUUGGUGCAAUCCCGGAUACUUUGCACCCAGACGAGCAACAGUGCAAGGAGCUUGGGUUGGUUUUUUCAGAGCGAAAGCCAUUUCUGAGGCAUUGAUGCUUCUCUGCUUGUGAGGCACUUGUGCAAAAAAUACUUCGAAUUAGAAUGUGGAGUGCAGCCCUGAUGAGUUUCGCACCUAUCCGUGACUGCCAAGUCAUCUUUAUGGAGCUUUAAAAGGAAAUUCUGACACAUUUACAGCAUAACUGAAAUGCAAAUAUCUGAUGCCUUUACUGUUGCAAUUGUGUAUAUUAAAUGAAGGUUACAGUUUUUCACCAUGUCCAGCUGUGCAAUAAUGAUUUGUGUGCAUUUGCCCGAGUUUUUGAGCUUUGGGGUGCUUGCACUUAACUUUAUUGUUUUUAUCCUGAGGAUGGACUGCAUAGAGUUGAAAACUAGUUUCUGAGACAUAAAAUUUGAUGGAAAUUAGUUGAGAAAGAACAGAAAAAA